AUGACUUCUGUCUACAGCCCUGGGUCACCCAUCCUGCUUCCCAAUGGAGCACGCAUCUUCAAUCGCCUCGUCGACUUCCUCCGCCAGCAAUACGUUCGCUAUGGCUUCCAAGAAGUUAUCACGCCGACCAUAUACAAGAAGGCUCUCUGGGCCAAGUCGGGCCAUCUCGAGAACUACUCCGACGACAUGUACACCGUAACGAGCACCUCGCCAUCGCGUGCCGAAGUCACCGAGGGCGGGGAGGAAGCCGAAUACGGCCUCAAGCCCAUGAACUGCCCGGGCCACUGCCUCAUCUUUGCGUCGCAGACCCGCAGCUACCGCGACCUUCCGAUCCGCUACGCCGAUUUCAGCCCGCUACACCGGAAUGAGAUCUCAGGAGCCCUGAGCGGUUUGACACGGGUGCGCAGGUUCCACCAGGACGACGGGCACAUUUUUUGCCGGCCGUCGCAGAUUCGGGAAGAAAUCGCAAAAACGCUCGAUUUCGUCCGCCUUACAUACGGCGUCCUCGGCCUCGGGUCAUACCGGCUGGUUCUUUCAACCCGACCGGAACAAUAUAUUGGGUCUGCGGACGAGUGGUCACAGGCGGAGGAUGCGUUGAGGACGGCGCUCACCGGAAGUGAGCACGAAUACACCGUCAACGAGGGUGACGGUGCUUUCUAUGGCCCCAAGAUCGACAUCAUUCUGAAGGACUCGGACGGAAAGGAGCAUCAAACGGCCACUAUCCAGCUCGACUUUCAGCUCCCCAAGCGGUUCAACCUGGAAUACGCGGCGCCCGCUCCAGAGUUUGAGAAACGAGGCGAGACUACAACGGACUCGGAAUUGCUUGCCGAAUAUGGGCCUGUCCAGCCGGUACUUAUUCACCGAGCUGUGCUCGGCUCCGCAGAGCGGCUCAUGGCGCUGUUGAUCGAGCACUAUAACGGCAAGUGGCCAUUUUGGCUCAACCCGCGCCAGGCCAUCGUCAUCACGGUCAACAGCACGGAGCCCGUGGUGAACUGGGCACGAGAAACACAAAACCUUCUCCUCGGUGUUUCACCCUCGUCCCCGACGACAGGCGCGACGUCGCCGACCGGGCUUGCCGUCGACUUUGAUGACAGCGAUCGCAGCGUGGGCCUGAAGGUGCGCGAGGCCACGACCAAGGGGUACGGCUUGAUAAUUGCCGUGGGUCCGCGGGAUGUGGAAAACAAGACGGUCGGCGUCAACGCGACCAGUCUCGCUAAACCCGGCGACAACCCAGAGCAGCUCAAAAAGCUGAAACGGAUGGACAUGAGCCCGGAGAGGCUGAGGGAGUUUAUGCUCUCGUUGGCGAAUGGUUUGCAACGAGUAGCUCGUACCUUUUACACUCGCUCGCAUUUUACAUUAACCAAAUACACCGCCAUGGAUCUCUCCAACCCCUCCGAUCCCCCUCCGGAUUACAUCACGGCCGCCCGUAGCCACGGCAUUCCCAUCCGCCAGAGCGCUCCGAUCAAGAAAGGCCCCUUCCCUCUCGAACUCCCCAUCCUCUCACACCUCCGCUCUAAGCGUGUAAUUCUCGCCAGCGCCUCGCCACGGCGCAAAGCCCUGCUCUCACAAGUCGGCCUCACCAACCUCGAGGUCCUCCCCUCCACCGAGCCCGAAGACCUCGACAAAGCAACCCACACGCCCGAGGAAUACGUCUCGGCGACCGCGCGCCGCAAGUGCCUCGCCGUCUAUGAAACAGCGCUAGCCCGACAAGCCGAGGCAAUCGAGCACCAAGAGAAAAAAGACGUGCCCAACCCCGUCCCGGACCCCCGCGUUCUGGAGGAGCCCGCGGUCGUGAUCGCCGCCGACACGGUGAUCGCGACGCGGGCGGGCCAGAUCCUCGAGAAGCCGCGCUCGCAGGCCGACCACGUGCGCAUGCUCACCCACCUGCGCGAUACCGUCCGGCAUCGUGUGUUGACGGCGGUCUGUGUGCUGGCGCCCAAGGCCGAUGCCACGCACCCGGGGUAUGAGAUUGCCUCGCAUGUGGAGGUGACGAAUGUGUUUUUUGCGGGGGCUGAUGAUGGCCUGCCGGAUGAUGUCAUUGAGAGCUAUGUGCGCACGAGGGAGGGGGCGGAUAAGGCGGGCGGGUAUGCCCUGCAAGGGGUGGGGGGGAUGGUGUUGGUGGAAAAGGUGGAGGGGAGCGUGGAUAAUGUGAUUGGCUUGCCGGUGAGGAAGUGCUUGCAGUUGUGUGAGCGGGUGGUGUUUAGGCAGGGAGAGGAGGAGGAGGGGAGUGAGGAGGGGGAGGAUGAGUAG